AUGUCUGAUUGGAAAGUUGAUCCCGACCAUCGUAGACGUUUGUUACAACUACAAAAAAUUGGUGAUAAUAAGAAAUGUGUUGAUUGUCACGCCCCAAAUCCCCAAUGGGCCUCCCCAAAAUUCGGUAUAUUUAUAUGUUUAGAAUGUGCUGGUAUACACAGAAGUUUAGGUGUUCACAUAAGCUUUGUAAGAUCAAUUACUAUGGAUCAAUUCAAGGACGAUGAAUUACUUAGAAUGGAAAAAGGUGGUAAUGCAAACUUUAAUGAUUAUAUGUCUGCACAUGGUGUUGACUUGACUUUACCGCAAACUAUUAAAUAUAAUAACGUUAUUGCAGAAGAUUACAAAGAAAAAUUAACUUGCGAAGUUGAAGGUAAAGCUUUUGUUGAACCUGAACAUCCAAACUUUGAUCCAUCUAAAUUAGGCCAGACUAGCAUCACAAAUAAUUCAAGUCAAUCAGAAAUACCUUUAGAAAAUCGCCGUUCAGUUACACCAAAGAUUGCUGACAAUCAAAAGGAAAAAAAUGAGGCAUUCUUUGCUAGAUUAGGUGAACAAAAUCAAGCUAAACCAGAACAUUUACCUCCAUCACAAGGUGGUAAGUAUCAAGGCUUCGGUAGUACCCCAGUAAACCCAAAUAAUAACAAUACCAGUAAAAAUGGUGGAAAUAACACUUUAAGUUUAGAAAAUUUACAAGCAGAUCCACUAGGUACAUUAUCGAGAGGUUGGAACCUAUUUUCUUCAGCAGUUUCUAAGUCUGUUAACGAUAUGAAUGAAACUGUCAUUAAACCAAAAUAUGAGCAAUGGCAAUCAGGAGAAUUAUCUGAAGAAACCAAAAGAGCUGCUGCUCAAUUUGGUCAAAAAUUCCAUGAAACCAGUAGUUAUGGUUACGCUGCGUUAAGCAAAUUUACUAAGACUUUGCAAGACCAGUACUAUAAUACAAGGGAACAACUUAACUCUAACUAUGAACCCAUCGAAAAUUCUAUCAACAGCAAUGGCCAUAAUAAAGAUAGCAAUACAACACGAUCUAAUCCAGAAAAAACGAAAGAUGAUAAAUGGGAUGACUUUUAG